UACGUGAGAUAUAUUUUUAACACAGUCAUUAUAGGAAAAAUAAAAAUGGAGGUAUUGAACUUGACCGUGAUUUAUUCCUUAAUAACACUUAUAUUCGCGCAUGUAAGUGUUGGAAAUAUCAGUUUGAAGUCCGAAGUGAAACUUGUGCUUAAAGUGAAAAAUAAUGGAGAUAAUAACGACUUGUUUAGCCAUUUAUUUUCAUUGAACGUGACGCAGCACAAUCAGCUUACACCUUCAACGUACAUACUGAGAUACACCGGCUCUAGACGAAACGCCGCUUUACGACAGACACUUUCAAAAAUUAAAAGGCGUUAUGAUAAGAAGAUCUUGAAGUUGAUGCCUGUUAGAGUGUAUGCUGAUACUUUAAAACCCGUAGCUACAAACACAGGAUUUCUCACCAGCGAGAGGCAUCCAGAGAUCUAUACUAAUCUUGUUUGUGAACAUUACUAUGGAAUGGGCGUGGAGAAGGUGUGGUCACGUGGAUAUAACGGAAGUGGGGUCACGAUUGCAAUAACAGACGUCGGAAUUAACACUCAUCUUUCUGAUUUGAAGGACAAUUUGAACGAAACGCUUAGUUUCAAUUUUGUAGACAACAACAAUAAUGUUACACCUGAAUUUUUUUACAACAUUCCUGAAAAGGCAGCUUUUUUAACUGAUCACGGUAACAAGAUGGCUAGUAUUAUUGGUGCUAUUAAAGGUAAUAACAGAUGCAGCGCCGGAAUAGCACACAACGCUACCAUUAUAGCUCUGAAGAUCUUCAAUGUGAUCCUAAGCGGGUCUUCAUUAUUUGAACUAGAACCGAAACACUGGUCAGAUUCUGACAUUAUUUCAAGGGCACUUAACUACAAACCUAACACUAUUGACAUAUUUGCCAAUGCCUGGGCACCUGAUACACUAUUUGACAAACUUGAUGUAGCAACAAAAGAUGUGAUAAGUCAUGGGGCAUUCCACGGUCGUCACGGUCUAGGUACUAUCCAUGUUAUGCCAUAUUCACACAAUCACAGUGUCCAGUGUCGGUAG